GUGGGAACGGUCACCAGAUUUGAGGUCUUCAUUUGUGGUGCGAAAAGUCCAGUCAAAUUAAGGGUCGUUGGAUUCAGAUGUGAUCGAACUGUUGAGUGGAAGAUGUUGCGUCACUAGUAUUGUAUGAAACGCCCUGCGUGUAUUGGAGCAGUAAUGGAGGAGUGUAGCCAGAUGGGGCGGAACCUGCGGGGCAGGUGGGAGGCGUUUAUUUGCCUCCCUCAAGGAGAGAUGACAGAGGCACUUCAGAGGGAAAAACAUUUGCUGCUGGAGGAUUUCCUUCGCGCCUUUCUAGUCAUGUCAGCAAAUCCUGCCAUCGACAAAGAAGAUCUGGUGAACUUCUGCAAUGACAUUCACAGCGUCUUCAACAUACUUGUGCGGCAAUUUAUGUCAGACGUUCAAGAGCUGGCCCCCAGCCACCAGAACCCUCCCGCCCUCCAGGAGCCACCCCUAGCCAAGAGCCCCUUAAUGGAGUUCCUGAUGCAUGGAAGAGGCUGGCUAAUACUUAAUGCUUUGUGUAAUCUCUCCAGCCAGGCCCUUGACUUCAGUCCUGACUUUGUAUGCCUCCUUGUGCAGUUUAUUGAGGAAGCUCUAAAUUUACCCAUCGGUGAUAAGGAUAAAGACCGGACUGUUAAGAUCCCCAAGCUGGAAUCUUGCCUUCAGAAGAAGAAGUUCUCCAAGAAGACCCUGAUGUCGAUAGGGUUCGCCAAUUCCCGCCGGCCCGUCCUGAGGAGUCACCCAGCCUCUAACCCACCUUCCCCAUCAAGGCUCCCCUCCAUGGGAAAUAGUCCCCACUUCUGGCGUAAGACCGGUGGCAGUAGAGACAACAUGUCUAACCAUUCCUCGGAUUCCGACACAGGGGAACGGAGAUCGUCCAGGAGUUCACUGAAGGAACCCAAGCAUGUGUAUCCCAGACAAGCCCCUCUGCCAAAAGUAGCUAUUCUAGGGGAGGUCCCCAUUGUGGACUGGAAACCUAGCGUCGACUACCAUCAGUGUAAAGGCCAGGGAGAGGUUGUGGAUGCCUUUGAUCUUUGCCUGGUUCUGUUGUCCUUGUUGGAAAGACUCUGCGGCAGUGAGGUCAUGCAGUCGAUCAAGAGGAAUGCUCUGGCUCUCUUCCUGGCCCCGAAACUCACCGAUGUACUGACCUAUUUGAACAAUCGGACCACUGGAAUCACAACUUCGAGUGACGACGAAUCCACUUCAGCGCACAUCAGCAACCGCUGGACCCUGGAUUUGAUUGGAACAUUACAGAAGCUUGUACUACGCAUAGUCGUCAGCCUGUGUAUGUACAGCUGCACUCAGCAUUACGAAGCACCCAAACUAGCUUCCAGUGGAAUCCUCUUCACAUUGUUACAGAUUGCCAAGUGUGUUGGACAGAACCUCAACACACAACCAGAAACAGUUUCCUUAAGACACAAAGACACAUUAAGCACAGAUGCGGUGAACGAUCGUAACGUACCAACUGAAGGUGGCGAGGCCAAGCUCCAACAGGAGGUUAAAGAAUCCUCUGCUCGUGACUCUUGGAAGGACGUACCACACUGCCAUGUGCAUUACAUCAACGAGAUACUCCAUGGAGUUAUCCUGUUACUCAUGGGCGUGAUGCACAGUUGUUGUGACAACCAGAUUGUGGUCACACAUGCCAUGGCCCUACUGAACGAGUUUGCAAUGAACGGUGGCUACACCUUCACAGAGUCUCUCCUGGAGUUCUUGGACCAGGAGAUCAGAUGUCUAGGGGAGGACUCGCCCAAAUCGCAGAUUCUCAAGGAGUGUAUCGUGAACCUUUUGAGUAGUAUGUCAAAACUUCUCAUCGCAACCAAAAGAGCUAAGCUAGAGUAUGUACAUAAGUUUCAGUGUCUGAAGCGGACUCACAACACCUGUGAUUAUACUCAUUACACACAUCACCACCACAGCAUGUUUGGCAUUGCGUACAGCACCUAUGAGGACUUGAAACAGACACGUGUGAAAAGCCUUCCCCUGGAAGGAACCAACAACCCCCUGUUCAGAGCACGGCAAUCCAAAUGCUGCAUUGCCGUCAUCAUUGAGAUGAUGUUGGGCCUUCUGAUGAAGGUACAGUACAAAGGUUUGACAAUAAGAAUCCUCUUUGCCCUUGAGCAAGGAGGCAUCUGCUGCUGCCUCCCGCCAAAACUCAUCGUCUCUGUCUUCUUGAGAAGCCUCCAGAGGCAACCAGCAGCCAUGAGGAGUUACCUUCUCAGCGUCCUCGGCAAGCUGAUCCUUGAACAGCUCGGUGGCAGUGAGCGCUCCGAAGGAGCCAUCCGUGGAAUCUGUGAGGAGUGUGCAAACCUAGAUGUCCAGCAUUCACAUGUUACGGCAAAGGAUAUGAAACACAUGGACCAUUACAUGUCUAGCGAUAGUGCGAUCUGUAGUGAUGGGAGCCAGCAUGAGGAAGAUGAACGCUCUAGCAGAUGGAAGGUGCUCGAUCUCUACACUCCGAUACUAAUGAGUGAGGAUGACGUUCUCAGCCAACAAAUAUCCGUCCACUUACUAAACCUCGUAAGACACAGUAACAAAGUUAUCAAGGAGGAACUGUACUUCAAUGUCUUCUUAUCGUGCUUCAGAUAUGGAAGCUGCGAUACCAUAGACGGACCCCCUAAACUUCCUUGUGUUACUUCACCCACAGUGCUUGGACAUAUCUUCUGUUCUCUGCCUCUGCUUCUGAAUACGUUGUCUGCACAGAUGCAGUUCCUUGUCGAAGGAGGAUUGACGCAGCUGGUGAAACUCUUGGAUCUUCCAUCGACACGAUUGCAUGUCCUCAGGGUGUUCGAGGUUCUUAUCCUAUCCGAGGAGAGCCAGGGUGCCUUAAUUGAGAAUCAUGCUCGAUCGGACACUACGGAUAGUGGUGGUUCCAAAGACGAGAACAGGGAUACAUUCAGCGUUGUCCAAGCUUUCAUAGAGGUUCUCUGCAAUGUGCUUCCGUGUAAACCGCAAACGCAAAAAAAGAUCAUAAGCCAUCCAAAGGAAAAAGAGUCCCAUGAAGAUUGGUUUUUAUCCUGCGAAGUAAUUGAGGAUCCUGUUGAACCAGACGUAUACAGAGCCACACAAAAUAGCACCCUUCUUGAAGAAGGUAAAGUUGCCUUUGCUGCAAGUUUAAACACACUGCAGGAAGUUGAGGAUGGCAAAGAGUUGGACGACUCCUUUGAGGCGUUGCUGGGGAAGCCAGAUCAUCUGAGUAAGAUGAGCGAGGCGACGCUCUCCAAAGCCGCUGAUGUGUGGCGAGUCGCCGGGAACAUCCUCCUUCACAGCAGCAGCUUCCAAGACCAGUUCGUCCUCCAAGGCGUGGACGUCUUGGCCAGUGACCUCUUCCUGGAGGCCCUGGUGAGCAUGACCAGGAUGUGGAAGAUGUGCGAGGACCUCCCGGUGACCUGGUCACCAUACGUCGUUGAUAAAGCAAGGCUGAGGACGAUAUCUGAGUUUAGACCUAUCCCGCUUAACCUCUUCCAGAUCUUACUGGAUAUCGUCGGAUCACUGCUCAGGAUCUGCCUUACGCUGCAAGGACAUGCAGAAAAUGAACAGAAAUGGUCACUCCUUCAGGUACUUACAAACUGCAAGGGAAUCUUGAAGCAGUCUAAGGUAUUGCAUUCAGCCCUGGGCAGACUUGUGGCUGAAAUGCUCCUUAAAGUUGCCCAAAUGCAGAUAUACGUCCAUCCCGGAACCUUCUGUGGCAGUACAACUGAAUGUGAUGUGAAUGGGGAUGGCAUGCUACACUGGGAUCUGGAUGAAUUACAGGAGGCCAUAUCCAGUGAUAGCCAGAGUGACGUCGGGGAAUCGUUGAGUGCUGAGGAGGGCUAUGAAGCCGAUAGUGAGAGGGAGAAAGAAGGAACUAUCUCAGGAGAUUGUCGAGGAGCAGUCAACAUGGACAAGGUAGAGGUGGUUCUCAGUCAGCGCACCCUGCUACAUCCCCAGGUGUGCCUCCUCCUUCUAGACCUCGUGGAGAGCUCUGAAAGGGUCGUCCUUCCUGCUGAGGUAGCUUGUUAUACGAUCAAGCAGAUUACUGCCAUCGCUAGGAGCUGUCAGACCAGCCAGGAUAGUCUGUACCAGUCUGGUCUGCCCAAGACUGUCUUACGGAACUAUCGGAGUACAACAUCAUUAACUGAACAAGUUUUGCUGUUGGAGCUGUUUGCUGUGCUAGUGCAGCAGAGUUUGUCAACAGAAGAGCUCAGAGACUUCCUGCAACUUUUCCAGACCGACACACAGGUUGUGAAUGAGGCCCUUCUUUCCACGUUACUCACCAUCGUUAGGAAUACAACCUCUCAGCCUUCCCACGUUCUCAGAUUUCCUGCCGUGAAACCAUUCUCAGGAACCCCUCUCAGAAGUCGUUCUAACUCAAGCGGUUCUCCGGGCUUUGUUGAUAUAAACGUCCCCCCUGAUGAUUCAACGGCAGAGGAAACAUCCUCAGGGCCGCUCCAAAUCCAGCAGGGUUUCAAUAAAUCACCAUGGAAUAUUGCACCAGUCCAGCUGCCGAUAAGUAGCAACUUUCCCUGGCCACCAACUGGAAAGGGAUUUUUUAUAACGGCUUGGGUGAAAGUGGAUGAGCUGAGAAUAUUGGGUCGGCUCGGUGGUUCGCCUGGGAUGAGACGGAAAGUGAAGGUUUUUCGGCAGACGUCAGUGAAGAUGAAUGAGACUCCAACAAGUGAGAAGAGAACCGUCCAACGGAAAGAAUCAUCCUCUAAAACAGCCUCCCUCCUUCGCAAUGGGCUUCAUUUCUUCUCUGUUGGGAACCAAGACUUAAUGGUACAGGUCUGGGUUGAGGCUAGGACGUGCAGACUGACAAUAAGACUAUCACGCUUCACAUCGCGGGAUGACCAGGUCGUCCUCAUAGAGAAGUCAUGCUCCAACUUACUGACUCUGAGUACGUGGCAGCAUCUUGCAUUGGGUUAUGCAGAGAAAGCUGAAGGAUUGACACGCACUGGGACGAUUUCUGUGAUUAUCAAUGGUCAUAUCCAGAGAGAGAUCGUAACGGAGUACGCCGCAUCACCAAGCAGUAACAGUCAGCCCAAGGCUGCCCAGCCCCGAAUACCACACUGCCUGCUUGGACACUGUGUGCAAGAAGGCUCAGAGGAUACUUUACCUAAUGGGUCGUGGCAGCUCGGGAACGUACUACUGUUCAAUGAUGCGCACGUCUUGAAUCAGGAAGUUGCAUUCCACCUGUACACCAUGGGCACUGACUGCGUAACGAUUAGCUCCUGCGAGGGCAGCAAACAGAGUACACUGUACAGCCAGUACAUCUCACAGGACAUCCUCAACUCUGCGCUGAGUGUGGAGAUCCUGACGGGAAAUAGAGAAGUUGACCUGAAACCGGCAAGGGAGUCAUUGGUUGUAAGCUACUCACCAAGCAAUACGGACAUCUUCAGUCACUACGAGGCAAUAACACAGUCCAGUAGUACCCUCGGACGGGUGCUCGGAGGCUCCUUGCGGAGCGUCAGUAAUGCCCUCUUGCAGACUCCUUCCUCGAUGGAGUCGAUUCUACUCUGCCCAGUGACAACCCAUGCACACAGGGGGCUGCAGAAUGCAAUCUAUGAGAGUGGAGGUAUAGGGGUUUUUGUCUUCCUGUUUGCAAAGGUCUUUGAGAACUGCAACAGCAAAUCAAUGCAAGCCAAAGCCCUAAAACUGCUGACAAACCUACAGGGCUGCAGCCGGACCCUAGCAGCAGAGUUCAACGACAUGAUGGCAGCUUCCAUGAUCGCUAAGGUCUUAGUUACUGCUAGAAGUAUCGUUGGCUUUGAGAUGCUCAAGGUGAUGUUGGACGCCUGUCUUAGCAAACCCAUCAUCUACCACUGCUGUCUGUCCAAGCUCUACCGAGUCCAUAGCGAUACCCAUGCCAUCAUACAAGACACACGUCUGGUAUCUGGCCUCCUGCUAGAUUGGCGUGUGUGGGAGAAGGCUGAGCCUGGUGUCCUGCAGAUGCUGUUCCAGUGCAUUGAGACGCUCAUAGAGGCCGAGAAUCCUUUCCAGGCUUUUAACAUCACGCAACUGCUGAGUAUCCGCUGUGUGAAUAGACUGCUGAUGAUCUGCAAGGAGCGUCACCAUGAAGACCUGCCCUGUAUGGCGCCCCAUACCUGCAGCUCCAUUGUGUCCAUCAUUAAGGGUUUAAUGGGGCAGCCACCGGACGUAAACCUCUUAGCCGAAGUCUGUGACUUUCUUCUGGCCAUCCAUCCGGCCGUCAACACUUUUGUCUGUCAUGCUCAGUCCAGCUUCUACUUCUCGCACCAUUCAUUUGUCCAGCAAGACUACAAGCAGGAAUUAAUGAGGAAAAUAUCUCGGACUGUUAGCUCUGAGGGAUCAUUGGAGAGAUUGAGAGCUGAAUCUGCAUUGACGGCACUCUACGUAUCGGAUGAAGAGUGUAGUACAGACCCUACCCAUACUUCAGACACUGAUAGCUCAUCCAACCUUUCAAAGUCAGCUAACCCCGAAAAGAGCUCAUCAGCUUCCUUAAACACUGAAGAAGCCAAGGUGUUAGACAUGAGCGGUCUUUGUUCUGGACUUCUCAAUCUGCUGGCAGAGGCUUUAGUAGUGCUCCCGGACUCUAGCUUGUCUAAAGUCCUGGGUAUCGUACUAAAGCCUGAUACCUUAAUUGUGCUGUCCCACCAUGAGUCACCGCUUAUCCGUACGAGAGUCAUUCAACUUUUGGACGUGUUCUUCCACCGAGCCACAAUGUCCCAGGUCGAUGCGUUCUUAAAGCGGAGGAGUUUCCACCUGUUGGCCAAUCAGCUUCAUCAGUACCCAGCCACCAGAGACCUUAUGGAGGCGUGUCUUACCAUCACUCUGGGCAAGCCAGUUGAUAUGACUCUCGGGUUGGAGUUAAUGCUGCUGCAGGAAUCUGACAAAUUCCAGCACAUGUCUUCAGUACUUCUGAUGUCUCUACUUGAGAACUCAGUGCAUGAUUUCAGUCUAUGCCAUGAUGGAAUAUGCAUGGCCAAUCAGUUAUUUGAGGGUGUGGAUCAGAUUGCUGACGUGAUGCUUGCCAACGGCCUGGUGGAGACACUGUGUAACGUCCUCUCAGCCAUCUGCAGCAACUUGCCCAAGGACGACGACGACGCUCGGACCAUGAGUAGGCAUUCAUCCACAUCGUCCGACACCAGCCAGGAACUCAAAGACGAUCAGAAUAAUGACUCGAAGAUUGGUAGAACUGAGAUUGCCGAUGAGAAAACUGAAGUGGUCACCAGGGAUAUUCCAUCUGGCGGGAGUUUACAUUCGGAAGCUGAAGAAGAGGGAGCCCUUUGUGAGGACGCUUCAGGAAGCAGCAGGCCUGAUGAUUCGGAUGAGAAAAAUCUUGAAAAUGUCAGAACGCUGGGUGAGAUAAAUUCAAACUCACCAAAAUUAGACUCGCUGCACCCCCUGAGAGCUUCCAUCGAACUCAACGGAUUGACGGAAGACCAAACUGCGGGACUCAAAACUCACGAUGAGGAGUCAGACUUGAGUGUGUCUAAGAGACAGGAGGCACAAGAGAAGAGUUCUCCUGGGUCUUCUUUGCACCUGCCAGGGGAAGAUACUCGAAUCUCGGCUGCUAUGCUUAUACUCAUCAAAGAUGUCCAGCAUUUUAUGGCGUGCAUUGCCAAUCGUGUCUUCAGUUCCAGUAGUCAGUUUGACUCUAUUGAAAGCAUGCUGCAUUUACUGGGAGACAUGGAGGAGAGACACAGAGCAAAAUAUGGUCCAGCGUCUGCAGUAACGGAUGUAGUGUACGAGACCCAGUCUUACAUCAUUAAGGAGCUACUAGAUCACUUCAAGGCUACCUCCAUGGCCAUCGACGCCGCUGCCACUAAAGGAAAGAAAUCCUUGAGCUUCCAACGAAGCGCAACCUACUCCGAACGGAAGUACGAGGAGCACAAAUGGCAGAGAAACGCAUUUUAUUCCAUUGGAUCCAGAGGUUCAGUAUCAAGUUCAAGGAGGAUGUUUGCAUCAACCAGCAGCUUGUCCAGUGAACUAAGCCCCACCUUAGAGGACUCCAUGUCUAUCAUCUCAGGAGAUCAGAUGAAAGAGUUUGGUUUUCUAGCAGAAGAUCGUCGAUACUCCACGGAGCUGGACACCUUACUGAGAAUGCAGAGGUCACAUUCCAAUAAGAAGAAAGUACCGAUCAAGAAGCUGGCUGAUGAGGAGCUACUCGCUAAACGCUUCCAGAGAAUCUGCCUUCUGACUGUCAAUCUAGUGGUUCAGAGAGAUCCCAGCCUGACCUGCCAGUCUAAACCAGCUACAUCAGUGAUUCCUGACGAGAGUUAUCUCCAGCCACCAGAAUCCACCUACAAGCAGCUGUGCAAAUAUCUCUUCCACCUCCUGACUGAUGCGUUUCUUGCUACCAUGGAGAGGAAGCUCGGUCAGCGUAAGCAGUGGGAGACCAUCGUCUGGUCAUCCCGAGAGACACUCCGCCUCCAGCUUCACCGUCUCCUAGUCCACAUGAUGUCCCCCAAGCAAGCCACAACGAUCAGAGUCUACCUGCUCAGGAUAGCACGUAUGCCCAGCUCCAAUCGGAUACUUCAGGCUGUACUCAACUCCAAUUUGCAGGUAGGCUCCAAAUCACAGCACCACCUUGGUAAGUUUGAGUUAUACCUCUUUGACCUGCUGCAUCACCACGCCUCAGAGAUCACCAAAGCAGACAAGAAACUUUGCCAGAAGCUGAUGGACAUUCUAGAGCAAUAUGGUUUCCAUCCACUCUACCCUGAAGAUAUGGACAAUACAUCAAGAGACAGGGUUGCAAAGGAACUUGAGAAGUUGGUAUCUGAUGAGCAGUCUGUACAGGAAACCAACAUGAAACAGCGGUUGGAUGGUGGUGCCAGUGCUUGGGCUAAGCUUGGCACAUUGUCUGGGGAGGUCGCUAAUUCAGCCAUGGAGGUCACACAGUUGGUUGCUGCCUAUCAGAACGGCCAGAGAUUACGAUUCUUGGAGUUUCUGAAGAGUACGAUAGCCAGCUCCUUAGAUGUCCAAUCAUCAUGGCAGGAUCUCAUACAAAGCUUGACACAUGAAAGGGCCAUUUGGUACGAUGCCAAGUCCUACCCAUCCUCCUGGAGCCUAGACCCCACCGAGGGACCAGGGCGUGUCCGUCGACGCCUUCAGAGAUCCCAUCUUCACAUUCCAGCUAAGUUCUUCAUUCCCCAACUCCGUGAAGCCCACGAAUCGGAGCCCACGCUGCCCUUGAAGUACCUUUUUGAAGACUCAUUGCAGUCGUCGGAUUCCUCCGAGUUCAAAAGGAGAUUGCAGAAGAAUGAAAAAAUAAGCUGUGCCUUCUUCUGUAAGAUGGUGUCACCUGCCUUGGAGACUAAGGGAGACUUGCUUCAAGGAGUCAACAGCAUGUACUUUGUGAGUGAAGAGCUCCCAGACAACCAAUCAAUACAGGUGAACCCUUUUGACCAUGAUAUGUUGACCAUCUCGUGGCUCUAUGAAGACAUCAAAGAACUUCAUCUUCGAUGGUAUCAACUCAGAGACAACGCACUGGAGAUCUUCCUGACUAAUGGCCAGACAUUGCUCCUGGCGUUUGAGAACACAAAGGAGCGAGACACACUGUACCAGCAGAUCAAAUCCUGCGACCUUCCCAAUCUGGUGGAGGUUGAUGACAUCUCGGCCAUCACCCAGGCGUGGCGUAUGGGCCAAUCGACCAACUACGAGUACCUGACCCAGCUCAACAAACUAUCCGGCCGAUCAUUCAAUGAUCUCAUGCAGUAUCCAGUGUUCCCGUUCAUACUGUGUGACUACACAAGUAAUGUGUUGGAUCUAAUGGACCCCAAAUCAUACAGGGACUUGACUAGACCAGUUGCUGUCCAAACUCAGGCUAUGGAGAUAAAGUACAAGGAGAACUACAAGUUCCUGCAUGAAGAGUACCAGAAACUGAGGGGUUUCCGAAUGGGCUCGACGAUGUUCUGGACCAAGCCCUACCACUAUGGUUCCCACUACUCCAACAGUGGCACAGUCCUGCAGUACUUGGUUCGCUUGCCUCCAUUCACGAAGAUGUUUCUUCAGUAUCAAGACAACCAUUUUGACCUUCCGGAUCGUACUUUCCACUCAGUGGAUACCUCUUGGAGACUUUCUUCCUUCCAGUCCUCCACCGACGUUAAGGAACUCAUCCCAGAGUUCUUCUUCCUGCCUGAAUUCUUCCUCAACAACGAGGGAUUCCAUUUUGGUGUGCGCCAGUCCGGCUUGGUUGUCAACCAUGUGAAUCUACCCCCUUGGGCUAAGGGAAGCGCCCGCUUAUUCACCCAGAUCCAUCGGCAGGCUUUGGAGUCGGUCUGCGUCUCGGAGUACCUCCACGCUUGGUUGGAUCUGGUCUUUGGGGUCAAACAGCAGGGGUCGCUAGCGGUGGAGGCUGUCAAUGUCUUUCACCCUGCUACAUACUUUGGUAUAGACACGACAGCCAUUAAAGAUCCGGUGAAGCAGAGAGCAGUAGAGACAAUGAUUAAGACCUACGGGCAGACGCCCAAGCAGCUGUUUGUCAACUACCAUCCGCCCCGUAUCGAAGCAGACAUCUUCCCUGAUAACUUCGGUAUGGGGACUGUGGGUAUACUCGUCGGUCUCAGCCAGAGACAACAAACGAUGAAGGCUAACGCAAGUCCAGAUGCAAGUGUAUGGGGGCCGGUAAACACAGUGAAGGGAAUGAAAUGGGGUAACUAUCUAGGUUCAGCCUCGUCCCAAGAUCCCGUUAUCCGUUUCCAGAAGCAGUACCCGGUACCCCUGGAUUACCUCAACCCGUUACCCACGGGUGAUGUCUGCGCAGUGGCCCAACACCUCUGCCUUCUGCUGAUGUACAGCAAAGAGAAAGGAGUGAGUAGCAUGAACGCAGUGGACAUCAAAUGGUCAGGGAUCAUCAGUUGGGGUCAUGCUGAUGGUGUGCUUAGAGUACACACUAAGCGGAAAGCGCUCUUAUUAUUAUGCUUAGUGUUAUUGCUUUGUUCUUUUGAUCUUGUAGGAGUGAGUAGCAUGAACGCAGUGGACAUCAAAUGGUCAGGGAUCAUCAGUUGGGGUCAUGCUGAUGGUGUGCUUAGAGUACACACUAAGCGGAAAGCACUCCCUAUCAAUCUCCUACAUACCACACCAACAGACAAGAUCUCGUGCUGUAGCUCCAUCUCCGACUGUAGACUGCUGUUCACUGGAUCUGUAUCCGGGGUCAUAGCGGCUUACCCUACUCGCUAUAACCCAGACAAGCAAUGUAACAUUGAGGUAGUUGGUGCAGCUGUACGUCUGUUUGGUCAUACAGCACGUAUCAUUAGUCUGUGCGUGUGUCGUCCGUAUAGCAUCAUGGUUAGCGCUGGGGAGGAUGGGCUGUGCAUCAUAUGGGAUCUCAACAGACUGUGCUAUGUAAGAUCCUUGUGUGAUGACACUGGGACUGGUCACCUUGACAGUAUAACUGCUGUGACGGUCAGCGAUGUUUCUGGUGAUAUUGCAACAGCUUCUAACUCGGAUGAUCGAGGUAGCGAGGUCCGUUUGUGGACGGUCAAUGCCAGCCUGGUAACCAAACGAGUCUGUGAUAGCAGCGUACACUGUUUAACAUUCUCAAAUGCGCCAGAAGGGAUUGCUGUCAACUCGCUGGUGGCUGGCUGUGAAGAUGGCGUCAUAAGAUUUUGGAGCAGCAUUGAUCUAACCCCAGUGAGAGUCAUCGUUACUAAGUCACACACUCCCAUUAUCAGCCUCUCCUUCACCAAUGACUCCCAGUUCCUUGCAGCGAGUGAUGAAAAUGGUCUGCUGACCAUGUGGGGGAACAAGGAGACCAACCGAAAAGUACCCAAAGUAGAAGCCUUUCUGGGUAUCGGAAACAUCUCAAAAGGUUCCAAAGGUCGACUAGGGUCAAACUCGUAAUCCACAAAGGGUAAUUUUAAUCCCCUUUCCUAAAAUCUUCCCUCACACCAUGGAUCAAGUGUGGGCGUUGUGUUCUUGAAUGCUCAAGAACACGUAGGCUUGCUCUUCAUGUAUUUUCCACGGACGAUGAUGAUAUAGCACCAUUUUGUUUUCUGGACUGAUCCCUGCUGAAAGGUGGUGUGUGAUCUUGUUCUGAGUGUAUUGUUCUCGGGUCGUGUUCUCAUCAUUCGGGCGUGUGAACAGCGCACUAGGGCCAAGAACACGCGGCCAGAACAUGGCCAAGGAGUCUAGCCAGGAGGUAGUCGAAUACCUCAUUUUGAAUCAGGACUUCCUCGUUUAUCAAUACAUUAUUUGUCUAACUAACAACAAACUAUUAUUGCCAAUUUGUACAGCAACUUUUGACAGAAAUGCUACCUCUGAACUUGUUUGUCCUAAGAUCCUAGCCAUAGGUAAAAUUAAUUAUAACACCCCUUACAAAUAUUCUGCCUUUUCAUUGGUUUAGCGCACACCACAUGAUAUGUCUGAGUUUUACUAGACGGCGGCCGUGUGAUAGUGCAUUGUUUGCCGUGUGAUAGUCCGACGACUAUCACACUAACA